GUAUUUGUUGGGGUUUUAGUGCUUGUUCGUUUUAGUGUUUCAUAUGUGUCGUUCGGGAUAGGUGAUUCGUAUGUAAUAUGAAUCGUAUUAUAUGGUUUCGAAACUAACGUAUCUAGUUUCUUCGUCGAUGAAGCCGGUGCACUCGGGCUGCAGGUACUGUGCGCACCUAGGGUUUUCUUGCCGAGUAAAGCCUAGAGAAAAGGGCAUUUGAGGUGGUUUACUUAUUCCCUCACGACAAAAAGCCUUUGUAUCGGCGCAUCAGUUUGUCCGUUUGAAAAGCCUUUGUAUCGGCGCAUCAGUUUAUCUGUUUGAAAAGCCUUUGUAUCGGCGCCUCAAUUUGUCUGUUUGAAAAGCCUUUGUAUCGGCGCCUCAGUUUAUCUGUUUGAAAAGCCUUUGUAUCGGCGCCUCAGUUUGUCUGUUUGAAAAGCCUUUGUAUCGGCGCCUCAGUUUGUCUGUUUGAAAAGCCUUUAUCAGAAGUUGCUGAGACUUUCAAGGAUUGUUUUGUGAUUCUCGUGAUAGUUUUCCAAAAGCUUCUGCACCUUGAACAGGGGAAAUCACCCAUGAAAACUCGGUUGGUCUCCUCUGUGGCAUCGAAAAAUAGUCGUAAUUGAAGUCCGGAGUAAGCUGUGUACAGGUAGGCAGUCACAUCCUGUCCCAGCACUGAAAAACCUAGGAAGAUGAUGUAAGAGUACCGUGGUAUAUGUAGUCAUCAUCAAGCCCGUUCUCUCUAGUAUCUCCUCCGUCCUGCCGGGAGUGGUCGCUGCUCGUUGAAAGCCUCUCCAAGUUUGGAAAGGGAGACCACGACUCGCUCCUAAGAUACGAGAGAGAAUACUCCAGCAUUCAUUGGAAGCUUGGGACUCAGCACUCUCUUCCCUUGUACACACACACACACACACACACACACACACACACACACACACUGUGAGCCACAAUGAACACCAUGCUGUCCUUACUCCCGCUGCUUUUUACGGCAUCGUUUCAAGCUACCGGAGCCUCCCUCAGCCCCGACCUGAACCAGCACUGCCCCGCCGAUAUUACCAUUUCGGGGGAUGAGGAAUGGGCAAACAUUUCCACCGCAGAGUGUGUGGCGAGCAAGAUGGAAAUAUUAUUGUACAUGCAACUAGUUCCAGGCUUCAAGGGCUACAGGCUCGUGGUUUGGAACGAUGGCUGGCAGAUCGACAACUGGUUCCCGCUGGACAAGACUUGUUUCACUAGGGACGUUGAGUGGUGGUACUUUGGGGUAAAUAUAAAUAUUGGUCGGGAAGAUUUAUACAAUCGUCCCUAUCUUCGGUUUGAAGUAUAUGCUGGUGAUUGUGCUCUUCAUUGCCACAGAAUAGGCUCCUUCACUAAUAAAAUGUAUGUCACUCUUGUGGCUCACGGGCCCUCAAGGUGGAGAUUAAAGAGCCCGAGGCCAACAUGCACUCUAGGAGGAUUAAGUUCAAAUUACACAUUGAUGAACUGCACCCCCACCGUCACCACCCCAACACUGACCAACCCCCCGACCCGUACAGUGACCACACUCACCACCCCUACAAUGACAAUGACCACAAACACCACCCCUACAAACACCACCACCAGAACAACCCCACUGCUUAUUACUGCAUCGUUGCCAGCGACCGCAGCUUCCCUCAGCACCGACCUGGACCAGCGCUGCCCCGCCGACAUUACCAUUUCGGGGGAUGAGGAAUGGGCGAACAUUUCCACCGCAGCUUGUGUGGCGAGCAAGAUGGAACUACUAUUGUACGUGCAUCCCGAUCCAGGCUUCAAGGGCUACAGGCUCAUGGCGUGGAAAAGUGAUUGGCAGAUCGACACCUGGUUCCCGCUAGACAAGACUUGUUUCACUGGCGACGCAGAUUGGUGGUACUUUGGGGUAAAUCUAAAUAUAGGUUGGGAAGAUUUAUACUAUCGUCCCUAUCUUCAGUUUGAAGUAAAUGCUGGUAAUUGUGCUCUUAAUUGCCACAGAUUAGGCUAUUUCACUGAUAAAAUGUAUGUUACCCUUGUGGCUCACGGGCGCUCAAGGUGGAGAUUAAAGAGCCCGCGGCCAUCAUGCACUGUAGAAGGUUUCAACUCAAACUUCUCAUUGAUAAACUGCACCCCCACCACCACCACACCUACAAUGACCAAUCCCCCCACCCGUACAGUGACCACACUCACCACCCCUACAAACACCACCGCCACCACCACCCCUACAACCACCAUCAUCAUCACCAUAGCUGCGUUGGUGAUGAUUGGUGUUGGUGUUGUUGUGGUGUGGCUGGUGAGGAAGCGGAUACACCAUCCCAGAGAAGCAGUGCCCAGGGUGCCGACGCGGCGCGGGCUGGCCGCCUUCCGGGGCGCCGGGGGUGCGGCUGCCGACGACGACAACUACGUGGACCCGCCCAGGGUCCCCACAGUGCUCCCGCGCGUGGGGCUGGUGCGCGGAGAGUGGCGCGUUGUCGAAGAGGUUGUGGACGACGACAACUAUGUGGACGUGGUCGCCGUGCCCCGGGGCCAGCCACCGCGCCAGGAGCCUGACUAUCUGUAUUUCGGCGGCGAAGCGGGCGAGGAGCCAAUCUACGAAGAGAUCGAUGCGCCCAGGGUCUCCAGGGUGCCCCCGCGGGUGGCGCCGCGGCAGGAGGGACACGGCUAUCUGAAUAUGGGCGACGGCAUCGACUUGCCUGCACCUCUCCACGUGUACGAGAAUGGAGACACAGAUGAUGGUACGUAUCUCACCCCGAGGCGCGCACCCCCGGGCACACCCUCAGGAGCCACGGAGGGCUGAGGCCGUGCCUGCAUGACCCCGCGCCCAGCGCCCAGCGCAUCCCCUGUGUCAGCUUUCUGUGUCAAAAAUUGAUGUGAAGUGAAUGUUAAACUUGGUGACCAGAAACAUUCCUGUGUACGAGAGAUGCUAUGUUCACAAAGGCUCGCCCCGCCGCCGGUCACGAAGACACACUCUCUCUUUAAAUACUCACCGAAACAGACAUUUGGUUUAGAUUUUGUAAAUAAUCACGGAAACACCGAUAGUGUGUGUGUGUGUGUGUGUGUGUGUGUGUGUGUGUGUGUGUGUGUGUGUGUGUGUGUGUGUGUGUGUGUGUGUAUCCGGAGGUCCUCCUGCCUCGUCUGGUCCGCAUCGCCAGCGUUCUAGGACGGCCUUUACAAGGAUCCCCGUCACCUGCUUCCUGCUGCUGCUUGACGCUUUGUGCCGCCUACUUGUACACGUUUUGUUGACGUGUGUUUUGUAAUACAGCAUUAUGAUUUUGUUAACGCGUUCCAUAAAUCUCUGUGAACUGUA